AUGAAUAAAGACCAACAUGAAAAGAUAAAACAUCUUGAAGAUGAAAAUGAAGAUUUAAAGAAACGAAUAAAACAAAAAGCUCAACAAUUUGAUAAUCAAGCUGAUGUUUUAAAAGUUACUCAAAAAACAGCAACAGAAUUAAAGAAUGAAAAAAAUAAAAUUUUAUCUGAAUUAAAAUUAGUUGAAGAAAAAUUUAAUAAUGGUCAAAUUGAAAUUAAAAAAUUACAAGAAAUAUUAAAACAAACUAAAACGAAUCAUCAAAAAGUUUGUGAAUUAAUUGAUCAAUUAAAAGUUGAAAAAGGGAAUUUGGAGAAACAACAUCAAAAAGAGAUGAGAGAAUUUGAAGAUAAAACAAAUAAACAAAUUGAAAUACAAACAGAGAAAUUAGAGAAACUUAUAAAUGAAACUGAUAAAUUAAGGUGUGAUAAAUCAAAUUUAGAAGUUAGGAUAGUGCAUUUAGAGAAUUCCAAUAAAGAGAAUAAAUCAUAUUUAUUGCAAUCUAAUAAGGAGAUGGGGAAAAUGGAGAUUGAAAUCCAACAAUUACAAGAACAAUUAACUGAUAGCAAAGAGCAAGAGUCCAAUCAAAGGAGUAAGAUUGAAAAUAAGGAUAUCAUGAUACAACAAUUACGAGAUAAACAACAGCAAUAUGAAAAAGAGUUGAGAGAAUUACAACAUCAAUUCAAUGCAGAUAAUGAAAAGAAUCAGCAAAUCAUUGAUAUCCAAAGCGAGGAGAUAUCAACAUCCACUUUGAUAAUGACAGAGUUGGAGGAGAAACUUGAAUUUGUAAGUGAUAAACUAAAGAGUGAGCAAGAGAAACUUAAAGAAUCUGAAAUUUUAAUUAUGGAUUUACAAAUCCAAGUAUCGGAUUUACAAUCAACCUCUGAUGAUGAUAAUGAACGUUACCAAUCGUUAAUCUCUGAAUAUCAAGAGAAUCUGAAAUCAGUGUCUCAAUUGAAUAAAGAAAUAAAUGAAAAAUUAAAGAAUGAAAGAACCGAAUCGAAAUCAUUGAUUGAUAAAAUCUCAAAGGAGAAUAAUGAUUAUCAAAUUUUAAUCACUGAACAAGAUAAAGAUCUAAAAGAUUUAAAAUCACAACUUGACACUAAAUCAAAUAAUUAUUCAAAGUUAUUAGAUGAUUUAUCACUUUCAAAAUUAAAUUAUAAUAAAUUGAAUUUAGAAUUUAAUAAUAUUUCAAAUGAAUAUCAAAUUGAAAAACAACAACUCUCUUUUGAUUUUAAUGAAUUAAAAAAGAAAUUAGAUGAUCAAAUUGAAAGAAAUUCAAAUCAACAAUCAUUAUUAACUCAAAGAAUCAAUGAAAUCAUUGAUAAACAAAAGGAAAUUGAUAAUUUAAAUUCAGAUUUACAAUCAUUAAAUGAUAAACAAUCGGAUUCCAAUGACCAAAUCAAUACAAUCACUAAUGAAAACAAUGAUUUAAAGAUUAAACUUGAAAACUCAAUACUUUUAAUCUCAAAUCAUCAAGAUAAAUUAACAACUAAUAAAAAAGAACUUGAAUCAUUAUAUUCAAUAAUUGAGAAUUUAAAUUCAACUCAUCAAGAUCAACUAAAAGAGAAAGAGAAUCAAAUUGAACAAAUGAAAUUAGAUCAAUCUGAAAGUUUAAAUAAAUUUCAAGAAAAGAUUACAACUUUAAAUCAUACAAUUGUAAAUAUAAACUCUGAAAAGGAUUCACUAAAUUGUUUAAUAAAUGAUUAUUCUGAACAAAUUAAUGAGUUAAAUAAAAUAAAUAAUCAAAAGAAUCAAGAGAAUCAACAAUUAUUAUCUUCAAUUAGAGAGGAUUGUCAAACUAUUAAUCAAUUAAAAUCAACUAUUAAAUCAUUACAAGAUGAAAGUAAUUCUCUCUCAACAGAGAUUGAAGCAAUAAAAUUACAAUUAAAUCAAUUAUCAACUAUUACUAUACCUGAAAAAGACCAAGAACUAUCAAAUAAAGAGAGAACAAUUCAAGAAUUUCAAGUAAAAACUCAACAAUUGAAACAAACCAUUCAACAAAAUCAAUUAACAAUUAAUCAACAUUUAACUACAAUAGAUAAUCAAUCAGUUGAUAUUAAUUCAUUAAAUGAAAAACUUGUUCAAUUAAAUGAUGAAUCGAUUAAAAAACAACAAUCUAUUCAUUCUUUAUCAUUACAAGUGAUUGAAUUAAAUAAAAAACUUUCAGAAAAGGAUGACCAAUAUAAUCAAUCCCUGGAAUCAAUUGAUCAACUAACUAGUGAAUUACAAUUGAAACAAGAUGAUCUCAAUAGACAACAAGAACAAUUACAAAAAAAUUCAAUUGAUAUUGAUCAACUGUUUGACAAGAUUAAUCUUGGUAAAUCAAAUUUCGAUGAAUUAAAUCAACGUUAUCAAGUUGAACAAAAUCAACUCUUUAAUUUGAAACAAGAUUUACAACAAUCCAUAAAUUUAUUUAAUGAAUCAAAACUAUAUACAACUCAAUUAGAGAAAUCAAUCGAACAAGUUAAACGAGUCAAUGAGGAACAAUCCAAUCAUCAAGGUGAACUCACAAUUCUAUUGGAUGAAGAGAGAUAUAAAUGUCAAACUUUGAAAAUGGAUUUAGAAAAUUCCAAACAAAUCAAUCAAAAUCAAUCUGAUGAUUUAAACUUUUACAAUAAUCAAAUAGAACAAUUGAAACAACAAUUAUCUGAAAGUAAAGAAUUGGUUCAAGAAUGUAAACUUUCAAUUUCACAAUUUGAAAAGACUGUAAUUGAAUUACAAUUGGAAAUCAAGGAAUUAUCAAAUGAAAAACAACAAUAUCAAGAGACUUGCCAAUCUCUCUCUUUAAAAUUAUCCAAAUUGAAUGAUCAAUCCAAUGAUCAAUUGGAACAAAUUCAACAAUUACAAUCCUCAAAUUCAUUGGAUCUUCAAAAUUCUCAAAAUCAAAUUUCACUCUUACAAGAUUCCCUAAAUGAAACCUCUGAUUUGAAAUCACAAUUACAAUGUCAACUAAAUGAAUCCAAUGAAAUCAUUUCAAAACUUGAAUUAAAAAUUGAAGAAAAUCAAAAUCAAUUAACAGAGUUUGAAUUGAAAAUUCAAUCAUUAAGCUCACAAUAUAAUCAAGAUUUACAAGAACAAAUUGAACAAUCUAAAAUGUUGAUAGAUGAAAAACAAUCUUGUAUCCAAUUACAAGAGAUGGAAAUCGAUAAAAACAAUCAUAAAAUUCAACAAUUACAACAGGAUCUUUCAACUAGUGAUUAUAAGAUACAACAAUUACAAAUUGAUUUACAAAUUGAUAAAGAUGAAAUUAUUAAACUUGAAGAAACAAUUUCACAACGUAAUCAAUCAAUAAAAGAAUCAUUAGUCAAGUGUAAUGAUCUUCAAGAUGAAACCUCUAAAUUGAAUGAUAACCUCUUACAAUUGAAUUCAACCAUCACUGAUUAUCAAUCACAAAUCACUGAAUCAAAUGAAAAUGUUCAAAGUUUACAAAAUGAAAAGAAUCAAUUACAAUUGGAAUUGGAUCAAUUGAAACAAAGAAUCUCUGAACAACAUGAUGAUAUCACUUUAUUAAAUUCAAUUGAAUUUGAAUUGAAUAGAAAAAUAUCCAAUUAUCAAUCAGAUAUUAAAGAAUAUGAUAACAAUAUUAAAGUGAUUCAAAAUGAAAAGAAUCAAUUACAAUUGGAAUUAGAUCAAUUGAAACAGGUACUCUCUGAUAAACAAGAUGGUGUCUCUACAUUGAAUUCAACCUUAUUGGAAUUAAAUAAGAAAAUCAAUGAUUAUCAAAUGGAAAUCAAUGAUUCUCAAUCAAAUUAUCAAGAAUUAAUAGAUGAAAAGAAUCAAUUACAAUUGGAAUUUGAUAGAUUAAAACAACAACUCUUUGAAAAACAAGAUGAAAUCUCAACAUUAAAACAAGAUAUUCAAUUAUUUAAUUCAAAUAAAAAGAAUUCUGAUAGUUCAAUCGAUCAAUUAUCAAACCAUGUAACAGAGUUAAAAUCAAAGAAUCAACAAUUACUCUUGGAUUUAUCCAAUGAAUUGGAAAGAAAUAAACUUCAAAAUGAUAUGAUCACUCAAUUAAAGGAAAAUGUUGAACUUGAAAAACAAAAUUCAUUUGAAAAUCAAUCAAAAUCUGAUGAUAUUAAAUCGAAACUCGAUGAAAUGAUUCAAGAAUUUAAAGAAGUAACUCAAAAUUUACAAGAAAAAACUAAUGAAAACUCUAACUUACAAUGUAAAUUGGAUCAAUUGGAACAAGAAAUUAAAUUUGAAAAGGAAUCAAAUACUCAUUUGAGAAAAGAGAAUGAUAAAGAUACUUUGGUAAUUAAACAAUUGGAACAAUCAAUUUCCCAACUUGAACAUUUACAUUCUCAACAAACUGAAAAUUAUUUAAAAGAAAGAGAAUUAAUUCAACAACAACAUCAAGAUGAAAAACAAUCUUCAAUUCAAUCAACUCAUCAAUUGAAAUCUAAAUUUGAUGAAAAACAACAACAAUACGAUGAAUCACUUGAAAAACUUUCACAAUCAAAACAAGAAUUAAAUAAAUUAAAACAAGAAUUUGAUUUAAAUAUAUUGGUGAUUCAAAAAUUACAAGAUGAUAAACAAUCACAAUCCGAUUCAAAUUUACAAUUAAAAUCAAAUUUGGAGGAACAACAAUUACAAAAUCAAGAAUCCAUUGAAAAAAUUUCAACAUUACAACAACAAGUCAAUCAUUUACAACAACAAUUCAAUAUAAACACUUUGGAGAUUCAAAAAUUACAAGAUGAAAAACAAUUAUCUAUCGAAUCCAUUCAUCAAUUGAAAUCUAAAUUUGAUGAAAAACAACAACAAUACAAUGAAUCCAUUGAGAAAUCAAAUGAUCUCCAAAAACAAUCCGAUCAAUUACAACAAAAACUCGAAAAUUCAACCAAUGAAAACCAACAAUUACAAGAGAAAAUCUCAACUAUUCAAUUGGAACAAAUCAAUAAUGUUCAACAAGAUGACUCAAAAGAUCUAAUAAUCAAACAACUUCAACAAUCUCUCUUGGAUAAAGACGAUGAAUUAACAACACUUUUUGAAAAUUAUGAACAAUUAAUUAAAAAGAAUAAAAUCGAUGAGAAAAAGAUUAGAACUUUGGAAUCAAAAUUAAAUAGUAUUAACAGUACUGUUAAUCAUAAUUUACCUAUUAAGAAACCAUUAGAAGAAGUUAGUAAUAGUAAAAUUAAUAUAAUUUCAUCUUCAUCACCUUCAAAAUUAGAACAAUUGCAAACAGUUUCAAAUCAACAAUCACAACAACAAAAACCAACUAUUAACAAACCACCACUCCAAAUUAAAAGAAAAAUUGAUUUUAAUUCUCAAGAUAAUUUAAAAAAAACUAAACCAUUUCAAUCAACUACAACUACAACUACAACUACAACAACUACAACAACAAAAUAA